AUGGUCAAAGCAAAAGACUUGCUCCCGCCGGACCCGCGGCCGUCGAAGGCCCAUCCGGAGAUGCGCGCGCGGCGCAAGCAGCUGGAGAAGGAGCACGGGUACGGCUGGGUGCCGCCGGUGGUGCUUGGGCUGCUGGGGCUGACGCUGGCGUACGACGUCACGAAGGACGUGGAAAAGUACGAGAACAUGAAGACCGACGGGGAGCAGAAGGGCGGCGGCGACGACAAUGACGGAGAGGAGGCGCGGAGGCGCAGGAGGCAGCGGCGGCGCGAGGAGCUGCGGUCGCGGUCGCACCGCCGGCACGGGGGCCGGGGCGAGUAUGACGAGCGGGAUAGCUGGGAGGGGGAGGACGGUGGUGAGGACUCGAGGAGAGGGGGCAGUGAUAGGGGGAGAAGGGAGAAGGAUCGGGAUGGGGGCUUGAGCCGGGCGGACCGCCUUGAGAAGGGCGAGGGCGGGCCGUGGGAUCGCGAUCGGGAGCGGGAGAGGGACCGCCGGAGGGGGAGCGUGUAUGACCCGGCCGACUAUGAUGAGGACAGGUAUCGUCGUCGUGGGAGAGACGGUGGUGAUGAUUAUUAUGAUUAUGAACGGGGCAGAAGGGCAGUUGAAGAGCGUAGGGGCCGGCCCAGGAUGAGGAGGCACUCUAGUGAUUGGUGA